CUGGGCCCGCCUUGGAACGCGCCCGGGAUUGGCCCCGGCCCCGAGCCGCGUUCGGCCUUGACAGCUCUUAGCAACCCCGGGGACGCGGUUCUGAAGGCAGGCGAACCCGGUCGCCCCCUCCGAGUGCCCUGUACGAUGGCCUCGAAACAAGGCAAAAAGAAAGAGGUUCACCGCAUCAACUCCGCGCACGGGUUCGAGAAGUCGAAAGAUCAGUCAUCUUUUGGAAGUAGCACACAGUCUGGUUUGACUGAAGUAAAAAGAGGAAGAUUCCCAAUUUGGCCAGAAUGGAAUGAAGCAGAUAUAAAUGCAGAAAAGUGGGAUGGAGGAAAAGGAGCAAAGGAAAAAGAUAAAUCUGGAAAAAGUCCUAUUUUACAUUUAUUUGAUGACCCUGAAGGGAAGAUUGAAAUGCCACCAUCACUAAAAAUUUUUGCAUGGAAACGUCCACAGGAAGUUUUGAUCAACAAGACUCCUGUGGUAGUGAAAGAUGAAAUCUCAUUUGACUUAUUUACAGCAAAUGGGCAUAUAAUCUGCAGUGAGCUGAUGAGAUGGAUUAUCAGUGAGAUACAUUCAGUAUGGAAGAUAUAUAAUGGAAAUAUUUUAAGCCAGUCCACAGAUCCUCCUGUUCUAAAUUGGAAGCCCUGGGAACAUAUAUAUUCUCUAUGCAAGGCAGUGAAAGGGCAUCUGCCUCUAUAUAAUAGCUAUGGAAAAUAUAUUGUUAAACUUCAUUGGAUGGGUUGUUGGAGAAAGAUAACUGUUGAUGACACCCUACCAUUUGAUGAAGAGAAUAGAUUAUUACUUCCAGCCACAACUUGUGACGUUGAACUUUGGCCAAUGAUUUUAGCUAAAGCCAUCAUUAAGCUCGCAAACGUUGACAUCCACAUGGCUGACCAAAGAGAGUUAGGGGAAUUCACAGUUCUUCAUGCACUUACAGGAUGGUUACCAGAAGUCAUUCCUCUCCGCCAAGGAUAUUUGGACAAAGUUUGGGAGUUCUUGAAAGAAAUAUUGCCAGAGUAUAAACUGCCAGAGGACAACAGUUCUGAAAAACUGUCAGAUUUCAAAUCAAAAGAUGGAAAAGAUUCUAAGGAUGGAAAAGAUGAAAGAGGUGGAAAAAAUGGGAAAGAUGAAAGAGGUAGAAAAAAUGGAAGAGAGGAAAGAGGUGGAAAAAAUGAAAGAGAAGAAAGAGGUGGAAAAAAUGGAAGAGAGGAAAGAGGUGGAAAAAAUGGAAGAGAGGAAAGAGGUGGAAAAAAUGGAAGAGAGGAAAGAGGUAGAAGAGAAGGAAAAGAAGGCAAAAGUGAAAGUACACAAGGCAAAGGAGCUGAUAAAGGUGAUAAAUCUGGAAAAGAGAAAGUAGAUAUGAAAGAAGGAAAGAAGAAGAUGAAGGAAUUGGAGAAGGAGAAAGCCAAGACAUCUGCUCAUAAUUCAAGGCCUCUAUCAGAUCUGCAACAUUCUGUACCUCAAUCACAGGACUCAGAGAUUGGAGUAUCAGGAGGAAUUCAACCGUUUGUUCCACAGUUACCUCAAAUGGUGGUAUAUGCUACUUUUAUGCCUCUGAAUUUGUUUGAAAAGAAGAUCUUUACACUAGAGAAGAUGACAGAAUCUGCUGAAAAGCUCAGAGAGCAUGGACUUUGCCACGUACGUAGCCAUCCCAUGCUGGUGACUAGAACUAGGUCUUGUCCUCUUAUAGCUCCACCAAAACCACCAUCUGUACCUGCUUGGAAACUUAUUCGCCAAAAGAAAGAGACUGUUGUGACAGAUGAACCUCAAGACCCAAUAAUAAGGAAACCUGAACAGUUUCUUGAGAUUUGUAGCACAUUUUUGAACUACAGAAUGAAUCCAAUUCCAAUCCCAACAGAAACGCAUUAUGUACAAUCUGUGGUUAAGAAGGGGGCUCCUUUUAUUGGCUUACCUUCUCUUACUGAAGCUGAUGAAAGUCAAAGUGUUCAAGAUAUGAGCCAACCUACAGGAACUUUGACUUUGCAAAGUGUUUCUCAGAUGAAUCUUGGUGUUGCCAGUGGAACUCCUAAAGAAGAGCCACCAGAAACUGUAUAUAAUGUUACGGUUCAUCAGUCAGAGGCAACUGACUUAUACAGCCAGGUAACAUCCACCUUGAAUAAGUCCCAAGAAGACAUAUCAACAGAAAAUGCUCCUGUAUGCAAAGAAAUCUGGUUUGACUAUGAUGACUUCUGCAAAUGCUUCCAGAAUGUAUAUAUUUUCCACAAACCAAAUUCAUAUAUCUAUAGCUAUCAGAAGUCAGACUUUAAGAGGCUUGAAAAAAGAGAGAUUGGAGGAGAGAGAGAACUUCUGAAGAAAGAGGAUAUGGAAAAAUCUGUCAUGAAAAGUCCAGUACAGAAGAACAAAUCGUAUAAACAAGAAACAGAAAACUUCUACACAAUUAAUUCCACAGAUGACCGAGUAUUCUAUUAUUUAUUUGUGGAUAGUCUGAAGCCUAUUGAACUUCUGGUUUGCUUUUCUGCAUUGGUACGCUGGGGAGAAUCUGGAGCCUUACAGAAAGACAGUUCUGUCGUAGAACCUGGCCUACUUACAGCAGAAACAUUUUCUUGGAAAUCUCUGACUCAGCGGAAUCUUGUACUAAAGAUACAUACAUAUGCUUCCAAAGCUACAAUGAUUCGCCUUCCUGUUGGGCGGCAUAUGUUAAUUUUUACUGCACAUUCACCAGUAGGACAUCAUAUUCACCUGUGCAGCAUGGUAUCCUUUAUCUUUGGAGAAGAAGAUGUUGUUAUGCCUUAUUUUGAGAAGGAAAGCCUACAGUUUGUAGAACAUGCUGUGAAAAUCUUAAAAGCUCUUGGAUCUGUUAUGAGUAGUUUCAGAGAUAAAGAAAAACUUGAUGUUGCUAUGAAAGAAUUACGGAUGGCUCACUAUCCUCCAAACCUUAAUGAUAAGGAGCUAUCGGAACAACACUUCAAGGUUUUCUGUCUUUCUUUAUGGCGCUUGCUGAAAAAACUAUUUGGAGUUAAGGCUCCACCCAAUUUCAGAUUUGCAUUCCGAGCUCUUACUUUGGACUUCUCCACACUUGAUACCUUCCCAGAAGAGGCUUCUUUAGUGGAGUGGGUAGAUAUUAAAUAUCCUGUUGUGAUAGAAGACAGAAACUACUCUUGUGAAGAAUUAGUGGCAGCAAUUAGACUGCAGGCUUACUGGAGAGGAACUUAUGUUAGGCUCGUCAUGAAGGCCAGAAAACCAGACACAAAGCAAAAUAUUGAUGUUUCAGACACUCUACAGAAAAUUUGGAGUUUGCUGGAUUUAAAUUUAGAACAAUAUUCAGUCUCUCUCUUAAGGUUAAUGUUUAAAAGCAAAUGCAAGUCUUUUGAGCAAUAUCCAUGUUAUAAAGAUGAAGAAACUAAGAUAACUUUUGCUGAUUAUUCUGUAAACUAUCCUGAUCAGCCACCAAAUUCUUGGUUUAUAGUUUUUAGAGAAACAUUUUAUGUAGCUCAAGAUAUGCUCUUGGUGCCUAAAAUAUACACUACUCUUCCAGUCUGUAUGCUCCAUGUUGUUAAUAAUGACACAAUGGAGGAAGUGCCACGAGUGUUCCUCAAAGUGAUACCUUAUGUCUAUACCAAGAAUAAGAGGGGAUACUCAUUUGUGGCAGAAGCCUAUACGAGUGAUUUUUAUGUAACAGCUGGAAAAUGGAGACUCCGUAUCAUUGGUUCUUUUAGUCCCCUGCCAUACUUUGGUCGAGAGACUGCAUGCAGUUUAUUUUCCAUGAGGGAGAUUAAAGACUAUUAUAUUCCUAAUGACAAGCACAUUUUGUUCAGGUAUUCGGUAAAAGUGGUACAAGGGCUCAUUGUUACGGUACAGGUACGUACUUCUAAAACUGAUGUUUUCGUCAAACUACAGAUCCUGGAAAAUGAAGAAGAGGCUGUAAGCACUAUUGGAAAAGGCCAUGCUAUAAUUCCUGCAUUUUUUUUCCUUAGUAAUGAAAAAACUUUAAGCUCUCAAUCUAGCAAGCAAGUUCUUUCUCAUAAUAUGGCUACCAAGAAAGAAGCAGAUGUUCCACAAACCAAGAAAAAAGCUGCUGUAGGAGCUCAAAAAGUUAAUAAGUCACGACUUUCUGGUGUAAUUGAAAGUGGUCAGCCUGUUCUUGAUGAUGAUUCUGUUAGUCUUCCAAAUGUAGAUGGAAACUCUCAAGUUUCCCAGCAGACUUAUAAGUAUAUCAUACAAGCUACAGUAUUAUAUAACAGUUGGCCCCUUACAGAAAGCCAGUUGGCAUUUGUUCAGACACUUAAAGACUUGGAAAAAAAUGAUCUCAGAGAAGAGCCUAAAGUAAUAAUCAAGAAGAAAAAAGGAAACCCUGUUCCAGAAUCUGCACAUUCAGAAAAACAUGAAGAAUUAAUUUCAAUGGGAUUUUCAGAUGCCCAUGGCUCCACUGAUGGGCAAAAAACCACACCUACUGCCAAAACAACUCGAAAAGGUAAAGAUAAAGGAGCUGACAAGGCAGAAAAAGAGAAGGCAGCUAAAGAAAAAGUGGCACCUAAAGUUGAACCUCAGGCUCAGCAACAAGAUCCAAAUAAACCUUAUUGGGUGCUGCGCCUGGUCACUGAACAGAUAGAGACUGACAUUCUGGAAGUUAAGAAGGAUACAGAAAGAACUGAUGAAAUCCGAGCAAUGAAACAAGCAUGGGAGUCUGCAGAGCCAGGCAGAUCUAUCAAGGCUGCUCAAGCUCGCUUACAGUUUAUCAACAAAUUCUCUAAGAAAUCUGAGGCUGAGGCAGAGCCUAAAGAUAUGACUAAGAUCCUGGAAGAAGGAGAAACGAGAAAACUCCCUGGUGUUGAAGCCAUACCAAGUGCAGUGACUACUAACACAACUGUAUCACCUGUGAAGAAAGAAUUAGAACCUUUGGACAUUACUCCAUAUUUCCAACAAACAAUUGAUGAGCCUAUAUUAUACAAUGAGAUUUUGGCCCAGCACCAAGAAACGCAGAAGGCAGAGGAAGUUCAUCGGUUUCGCCAGUAUCGAGAAGGCAUACUUAGCAAAAGAAAUGAUGACUAUCUAGCACGGAAGAGGCUAAAGGCAAAAGUUUUGGAUACCUAUGGUGAUAUCCGUGCAUCUUUACAGGAGACCCUGGAUAUAGUGCUAUUGCCACGGGAACUGUACAGGGAGAAGUUGCUGGAAGAAGAGCGUCAACAACAAGAGGCCAUGGCAGCAGAAGAAACAGCCCUUAAACAAGAGCAGGAGAAGAAAAGUCCUGACCACCCAAAAAAAAAAGGAAAAGGAGGGAAAAAAAAGUGACUGUAGGAAGCCAAACAUUUCCCUUAUUCAGGCUAAUGAGCAAUUGUGUAUAUUUAUGAGACAAAAUAUUAGGCCAGUUGAAAGUAUGGUUUUAUAAGCAUUUUUGCAGAAUUCCCUAAGCAUUUAUAGUUUUUAUCUUAAUUUUUUCCCCCUAAUUUUAGCCUUACAUGUAUAUGAUGUUCUAAUUUAAAUUAAACUGUCAUCAAAAGUAUUUAUAUUAUAAAGGAAUUAUCUCCCCCAAUCUGAGAUGUUGGUCUUUCUUUUUAGACAAAAAAUCCUAGUCAGAAACAGGUACUGGAACAUUUUCAACAACUAUGAGGAACUAAAUGCUAUUUUAAAAAGUCCAAAUAUCUUUUUUGACUUAAAGAUAUUUAAGAUAUUCAAGAAUUUCUACAUGAUGGAAAUUUUUCUCCCUCUCUAGUUUUUUUUUCCUUCAAUUUGUCCAGCUGUAGGACAUCAAAGUGUCUAUAUGCAGGCUUUUUCAUCUAGCAGUUAUUUGAAUAUGUAUCCUUGCAUGCAGACUUGCCUUUUGAAGUAUUUUAAAUUAGCAUUAUUCUGACCUAUUAUAAGUGUAGACCUUAAAAAAAUGGCCUGACAGACCAUUAUUUCAAUGGUCUCAAACCUGUUUACCUAUUAUAGCAUUUCUUGAUUCUUUCCCAGCCAGUUUCCCUUUUUCUCUCAAAUGUAUUCAAGCUUCUUAUUGAUUUACUAAUGGAACCCUCUAAUGACAGAUAAUAUUCCAUGGCAAGCUUAUGUCUUAUUCCAACAUGACAGACUAUGGAAAAAAAUGGUUUUCUAAACUAUUUCUUCUUCAUGUCUAUUUUUAUUAUUGUUGAUUUUAAAAAAAUUCUGUUUCUUUUGGAGAUUACUUUGAAGCAUUUAUGCUAGCUCAUAUAAAUCAUGUGGCUAAAUUAAUUAGCUGUUGGAUCUUCACUGGUACAAAUAUUCACAUGAAACAGGUUUUCAAAUAUCCAAAUCUGUUCCUUUG